GUGCCGAGGGAAUCAAAUCCUCUGACAACUGACGCUGCCGACACUUCCCCGCCCCCGACUGUUCCUCCCCAAGACGAUGGUGCAGCCCAGGUGCCUGUUGCUGAGCAGCCGAGCGACGCAGUGGAGCGACUCAAGGACCCCACAAAUAUGCAAGAGGUGAUGGAAAGGAAUUUGGCUCCUUCAGAUGAUGCGUAUGAAAGCAGUGCGGCAAACACAACGGGAAAUGCCGGAUCUGCUAAUAACAAUGUGCGUCAGAACAUGGUAGAGAACAUGCCAAUGACUUGUACUAAUUCUCCAGACCUAAUUAAUCAAAUGGUGCUGAAUGGGGUGCAGAACUACGUGGCAAGUCUUUACGC